GGUGUUCCCACCUUCCAGAAGAUGCCGAAGCCUCCUCGAGAGUGUCCGAAUCCUCUGUUCAAACGCUGGCUACAGGAAUGGCACGAUCAAGCUGCCGAGCGCGGCCGUUUUAGGCUCCAACGGGCUUAUGAGCGGGCGCUGAGCUCCCUCCACAAGUAUCCGCUCCCUCUGUGCAGUGGACGUGAAGCUCGGAUCCUUCAAUACUUUGGGGAGCACAUUUGCCGCCAGUUAGAUGAACAGCUGGAAAAGCACCGCUGUGUGCAGGACGAACUGGUAUCCCCAACUACCUCUGGGAGAGGGCAAGAAGAUGGCGACCCUUCCAGCAACAAAGGUGCACUCAGUGCCAGUGAUGACCCAGUGCUGCUGUCUGCUCCAUGUUCCACAAAGUCAGACCAGCUUCAAGGGCAGCACUUAAAGAAAUCGAAGCCUGCGACACAGCGACGUGCCCGUGGAUACUUCCCUGCUCAGCGUUCUGGGGCCUAUGCCGUGUUGGUGGCUCUUUACCAGGACAGCACUAGUCCUCAUACUCGCGGAUACCUGACAAAGUCAGAGCUUCAGCAAGCAGCCCAGCCUCUGUGUGAUAAAUCUUUCUUUCUGGCUGGUCCUGGGAGUAAGAUCACUGCCUGGUCUGCAGUCAGCACUUUGAUUCGCAAGGAGCUCGUCCUCAAGACCAAUAUCCCAGCUAGGUAUUCUCUGACAGAGGCCGGGUUAGCCUUGGCCAAGGAGCUGUUAGCUUUGGGGAAACCGCCUCUUUCACUGGAUAAUGACCUCACGCUCCCAGCUGCUGGACCUGCAGAGCCCGUGCUGGUUUCAGAGGGAGAUGAUGGACAGCACUCAGACCAAGAUGUCUCCUCUGAGGAAAACUUUGAGGAGCCAAGAGGAAAAGGGUUUAAACCCCAGUUUGCACUUCAUCCAGGACAAUUUGACAUUAUUCUGUGUGUGGAUUUCAUUGAAACCACAGGGGGCCCCACAUCCCGCAAACGAGACUUGGUGCAUGAACUCGAGCGAAACAGUGUUCCUUUCAGCAUCCGGAAGCUUCAUGUUGGAGAUUUCCUCUGGGUUGCCAGGGAGAGGCACUCUCUGGCUGCAGGGCCGCUACAACCUCUUACAGCUCGGGAGCUGGUGCUGGACUAUGUGGUGGAACGGAAGCGGAUGCCUGAUCUGUGCGGCAGCAUCAUUGAUGGCCGUUUUCGUGAGCAGAAGUUCCGUCUACGGCAGUGUGGCAUUUCCCACCCCAUCUACCUGGUUGAAGAUUCAGGCUCUGUGCAACACCUCAGCCUCCCCGAAAAGACUCUGCAGCAAGCAAUCACCAACACCCAGGUGGUGGAUGGAUUCUUUGUCAAACGCACCCGUGAUAUUCGGGAAUCGGCUGCAUAUCUGACUAUUAUGACGCGUCACCUGACCAAGUUGUACGGGGACAAAACCCUUCUAAGUUGUACCAAGGAGGAGUUGGAGCGUGAGCGCCCCCUGCAGCCCAGAGAUGACUCUUGCAUGCUCCUGAACUUUGCUGAAUUUAAUGAGGGAGCUGUGAAGAACAAGUCCCAGACAGUGAAGGAGGUCUUUGCUCGGCAGCUCAUGCAAAUCAGCGGCAUCAGUGGAGAGAAAGCAGCUGCCGUCUUGGAGCAAUACAAGACACCAGCCAGCCUUCUGGCAGCCUACGCCGCCUGCAAAACUGCACCAGAGCAAGAGAAGCUACUCGGUGGCGUCAGAUGUGGCAAGCUGCAGAGGAACUUGGGUCCUGCUCUGAGCAAAAUCUUGGCGCAGUUAUACUGUACCCCAGGACCCCUGCUUUGAACCCCUGGCAAGGGUGUGAAUGGAAGAGGUCAGCAGCAUACAAGCUGGGUCUCCGUGACCAAAACUGCUCCAGGCAUCAGCAUCUAAGUCUAGCUCAAGCAAACGUGACAAACAUAAGUGCCAGGGGAAAGAGUCGGUAGGUGGCUGGUAUGUUGGCACGCUGUCAGAUAGCAGAUGCUUAUUAGCCAGAGAGCCACUUCUUUGCUGCAGGCUCACAAAGGAGCCAGGCGUAUUCGUCUUGGAGGCUUUGGGGAAGAGCUUCUGUUGAGACGCUUUAGUGCUAAAUAAUAUUUUUCCUGAUGAACUAUAUUUUCCCCUGACCCGUUUUUUUUUUUAAAUCUGUUGUUUACAUUCCAAUAAAGUUACAUUUUA